AUGUCCAGAAUUGUUGUAUUAAUAUCAGGUUCCGGGUCUAAUUUGCAGGCUUUGAUAGAUGCGCAACAAAGAAAUGAACUUGAAGGAGGCCAAGUUGUAUCUGUCAUAUCUUCAAGUAAGAAAGCAUAUGGGCUAACUAGGGCUAUUAAUGCAAACAUUCCAUCCAAAAUCUGUUCUUUGUACAGUCAUACUGAAGGUAUAGCAAAAACGGAUAAAGUAGGUCGUGCUCAAGCCAGAAUCGAGUUUGAAAAAGACUUGGCUCAGACGAUUGUCGAGUACAAACCAGAUGUAGUCGUCUGUGCGGGUUGGCUGUUAAUUUUGGGUCCUACAUUUUUAUCUAAGAUCGGAUCCAUACCAGUUAUCAAUCUACAUCCAGCUCUUCCAGGCCAGUUCGAUGGUACCACACAUGCAAUCGAAAUGGCAUGGAAUCACUGUCAAGAGACUAACCAACCUUUCGUUUCCGGUUGCAUGGUACAUUACGUUAUCCAAGAGGUGGACAAAGGUGAACCACUGGUCAUAAAGAAAUUGAACUUGAUUCCCGGGAAAGAGACUUUAGAAGAGUACGAACAGAGGGUACAUAAGGCUGAACAUAUUGCCAUUGUAGAGGCUACUAAACUGGCACUGGGAAAUUGCUGA